CAUCCACAUUUGUUUAUUGUUCUUUUUCCUUGCUAAUAUAAUCAGUAAACCAAUAAAAGUGAGGCAAUGAAGUAAUGGUAUUGAAACAAUGAAUCAAUAAUAGUGAAGCAAUAAAGCAAGGUAGUGAGGCAGUGGAGCAGUAAUAGUGAAGCAAUGAAGCAGUAACAAUGAGUCUAUGAAGCAAUAUUAGUAAACAAUGAAACGGUGGUAGUGGAACAGUGGAUGAAUCAGACCAUUAUAAGAUCAUAGCAUGAGGAGUCAGCAGACCUACACGUGGCACUUCCCGUGGUCAAUGAAGAGUGGUAAGAGCAGAAAUAAAGGUUUAUUGAUGAAGUGUGGAAGAAGAGGAGGAAGGAACAAUGAUAUUCGACCAACUGUGGCAUCUGGGGGCUUCACUUGACUGGGACACCUGUGUUUACCAUGGAUGCAGUGAGAGGCUGGCCUUGACGGAAGCAUUUGUCUGUCCGUACGAUGCUGGGCUGGUGUACCGCAAGGAGGCUCUCGUCAACUGGUGCUGCAGCCUUCAGUCGGCCAUCUCGGACAUUGAAGUGGACCGCCUGCACCUGACAGGACCCACGGAGCUCGCAGUCCCGGGCUACAGCAAACCGGUCAACUUGGAAAAGAUGUAUGACCACUUACAGACUGGCAGACUCAGAGGAGUUAGGAGGCCAUCAUCAGCACCGCAUGUCCUGAGACAAUGCUUGGGGACACUGCCAUCACGGUGCACCCCGAGGACCCCUGCUACACCCACUUGCACGCCCAACGCCUGCUUCACCCACUGCGGCGGGAGACCAUACCUGUGAUUACUGACACUGUGGUGGACCCUGAGUUUUGGAACAGGUGCAGUAAAGGUCACACCAGGUCACAGCCACGAGGACAGUCAGGUCAGGGGGAGAUACAGCAUUCUAUUCCUCUCCAUUCUUGACAGCAGAGGAAAGGUCACCAAUAUUGUGUCAGAGUUUGAGGUCAGGGAGAGGAAAUUGAGCCUGUGUUUAGAAAUGCUUUGCUCUCACUAAGAUUAUUUGCAAAGGCCACAGAGAUACCUAGCUGGGUUCUCAAGAUUAAUAAUGUAGAAAUGUUGUUAAUCUAUCACUAGAACCAUUAAAACAUUCUUGAAAACCCGUAUUAUUUCAUGAUGAGUAUUUUUCAAGGCCACAGAGAUACCUAGCUGGGUUCUCAAGAUUAAUAAUGUAGAAAUGUUGUUAAUCUAUCACUAGAACCAUUAAAACAUUCUUAAAAACCUGUAUUAUUUCAUCAGGAGUAUUUUUCAAGGCCACAGAGAUACCUAGCUUGGUUCUCAAGAUUAACAAUGUAGAAAUGUUGUUAAUCUAUCACUAGAACCAUUAAAACAUUCUUGAAAACCCGUAUCAUUUCAUCACGUGUAUUUUUCAAGGCCACAGAGAUAUUUAGCCAGGUUCAAUUUUCUUGGAGUAGCUUAUUAAAUUUGUGGCACACAAUCAGCUUCCUCUGAAUGUGUGUGUGUGUGUGUGUAUUUUACCUAGUUGUAUUUGUAUGCAAGUGAUAGAAAAGGACAUAGUAAGAAACUGAAAAAGACCACAUACAGAAGAGAACUCAAGAAAUAUAGCUUACCACGUAGAUGUAUAACAGUUUGAAAUUAACUUAGUGAAGAGAUUUUGUGUGCUAAAACAAUUCAUGAAUUUAAGACAAAGUUAGAUGCAAAGAAAUAGAGACAGGACAGCACAAGACCAAGUAUGGCUGUUUUCCUGUAUCUCACAAGGUAAAUACAGCUAGGUAAACACACACGCACACAAAUAAGUAAAAAUGUAUAGAAAGUCAAGACACCAUUAGCAUCUUUAAUUUUUGCCAAUGGGUGUCAGUGUUUUCAGACCAAAGCAAGACUAAU